ACCUAGACUACACACCUCUUUACAAAACCACCCAAGAAUAUAAUUUAUCUUCACAUUAUCCCCCAAUCUUUUCUGACUGCUCAGUUCUCCCUCUCUAAUUGGUUUUUUAAAUUAGUUUUUAUUCUUAUAAAACGCAAUUUGCGAUUGCCCACCCACACAAUCUGAAAAUUUUGACCUGACACUUUGAUAUCUUUUCAGCAAUUUUUUUUUUCAAGAAAGUUUCUGAACUUACUUCUUUCAAUGGCAUCAAGAGAAUUAUCAAUGGUGAUCAAACAAUGGUUCAUCGCUGUAUAUUGUACUCAUUAUUUUAUAUAUUUUUACUUAUAUUUUAUAUAAUUUUUACUUAUAUUUUUAUAUAAUUUUUACUUAUAUUUUUAUAUAAUUUUAUUGAAUUUUAGAUAUAAACAUAUUUUGCAUUUAUUUGCUAAUAAUAAUAUUCGUAAAAUCAUUAAUAUUGUUUAUAGAAAAUUUAUUAGUAAAUAUAUCAUAUCCGUUUGUACUAUAUGCUUUAAAUGAUGAAUUGAAUGGUUUAUCCUCUUGUACGAACCUGAUCAUAAACAAUAUAUAUGGCAAUGAUAAUCUUGGUCAGAGAAAUAUAGCAUGCAAUCGGUUGUAUGAUAAAUUGACCAAAAAUAUACAUAACACAUGUGACGAUGAAUGUAUGACAUCCUCUAAUGAGAACGAGUUUAGUCUGGGUCAAAUCUGGCUCAUAGCAGGAUCUUAUAACAACAUUGACAUCAAAAGUAUUGAAGCGGGUUGGCAUGUACUUUCUUUUCUCCAACUAAAAUCUACCAAACACUUCUAACUUUUCAAUUCAAUAAAAAAGAUAUGUAUAUAAAUAACUAAAUAACUAUAAUUUAAUUAUUUUACUCCAGAGUUAUCCGGGGAUAUAUCGUGACCAUCAGCCGAAGUUUUUCAUAUAUUGGACGGUAAAUAUGUGAUACAGUUCAUUUCACUUUCUAUUUGAUAUUUUUCAAUUCUAAGUAUCAAUCCCUACAAUCAUAGUAACAGUAAUAUUUGUUUCAUAAAUGAUAUAUGAUGCUGAUUAGUAGUUGUGAUUUGUGAAUGAAAUGAUUUUAGAAACAAGCUAAUACUGUAUUUUUAAACGCAGUAUUAGUCGAAUCAAAAUAUUGAGUGUCACCAUUAACUAGGUAGUUAUAUGUCACAUGUUGGAUUUUUAUGUCAUAAUAUUGAGUAUCACCAUUAACUAGGUAGUUAUAUGUUACAUGUUGGUUACAGAAAACACAGUAUAUAAUAAACAAUAUAUAGCGAUGAACCAUUGUUUGAUCACUAUUGACAGUUCUCUUGAUGCCACUGGAGGAAGUAAGUUCAGAAACUUUUCGGAGAAAAAAAAAUUGAAAGAAAAAUAUAUCAAAGUGUCGGGUCAAAAUUUUCAGAUUGUGUGGGUGGACAAUUUCAAAUUGCGUUUUAGAAGAAUAAACACCAAUCUAAAGUUUUAAUUAGAGAGGGGAAACUGAGCAGUCAGAAAAAGAUUGGGGGAUUAUGUGGAUAAUUUAUAUUUUUGGGUGGUUUUGUAAAGAGGUGUGUUGUAGUCUGGGUGGGAUUAGAUAGGGUUAAAAAAUAUUAAUGUUAUGGGCUUAAACGACAACUUAAUGAAAGGCCCAAAGAUCCUAUCAGUAUGUUUGCAGUAUAACUAAUUUACGUUUGAUUAAAUCGAAAUAAAAAGCCCAGCCCAUUAGCAAAUACCAUAAUUGUCUGGUCCCUUCUUCUUUGACUUAACAUAAUCAAUCUCCUCUGCUUAGGGUGUUCCAUUUCGCAGAUUUGUGCUGUGGAACCAAAGCUUUGUAUGAUCUUCUUCUUCUUCAUCAUUUUCCAACACUUGUGACAUGGAGGCAACUGGUGGUAUUUGGGGUGAAGUUGAACGUUCUGAGAGCUACCUAGUCUGCUCUAUGUAUGAAGAGGCAGAGUCAUUAUCUUCCUCCAUACUGAAAAGAGUAUUUGGCAAUAUCGAUGUUUUGUCUGAGGAAGCUCUUGGUGAUCAUCAGUUGUUUCAUGACAUGUUGGAAUCUGCUGGCAUGGUUUUAGUCCAAUCCUUGCAUGGACUCGCCAGGACAGGUGAGAUUGUAACUGAGCUAAGACAAGUGUUUGGUGAAGUUGCAGCUAUCCCUCUUCAAGUUCUUCUCACUGGAAUAUGCCUUCAGAUAUCAAACGGUUCCUACUCGGGUAUACGUGAGAUUCUGGAAGAGUUCUUUAGCAUAUGGGUUUACAAGGACGACCACUAUAUCCUAGAUGAUGCUAAAUUAAAUGUAAAAGGACUCCAUGGGAAAAUAUCUUUGGGUAUUGAUGAGUUCAUGGAAGCUGUGGAGCUCUAUACCUUUGGAGUUCUCGGAAAAGAUGCAAACGACGUGGACUUAGCCAUUUCAUGGGUUGAGAAAGCUGCAUUGCCUGAGGAAACACGACAGGGACUUUUGAGAAGACUGCAUUCUUUACUUUCUCUCAAAUCAGCAAACGUUCCAGUGGCUGCUUCUUUUGAGGAAACUUCCUCUUAUGAUGUGUUGAAUAACAACAAGUCUUUUGCUAAUGAUGAGGUUGAUUAUGUCUUGAAACUCUCUAAGCAACAUGAACCUUGGUCGUCACGUCCUCUAAGCCUAAGGCUUGGUAACACCCGGUUUAGCAUCUCCAGGGGGAAAGUUGCCUUAGGCCUUGUUGGAUUAAUCAUAUGUUAUGCUUUGAAGAGAAAACGAGCUGCUUUAAUACGGAUCAUUCGCAGACAAAUGGAGUCCACGAAGAAAGCGAUUGUAGAUUUCUGGAAGCUUGCGUUUUCAUACCAAGUGAAUCCUCUUGCAGCUAUUCAAUCCAUACCAAGCACAACAACUUGAGGCAAGUUCACACAGUGUAGAAGAUGGUCAAAGACCUGGUUUUGAAUUGAAAUAAAGCUGCAUCCUAUUUUGUUACUCAAAAGUGUGUUGUAUAAUCAGGAUACAUACUAGGUUUUGUCCAAAAAUGUGUUUAUAUGUCACUAGCCUAUGUAUUGGUGCUUCCAUACUCGGUUUUGUGCUAAAAAAUCUUCAUUCUGAUGAAAUUUGAUCUCAACA